AUGAAAAACCAAGAGAAAGAGAAUGUCAUGGUGGAACCUACAAGGAGACACAACUUUCAGUACAACGGCAGCGACUUGUACGACUCGUUUGAGUUCAAACAGAUGACCAUACAACUCAACAAGGCCAUUGAGAACUCAAGUGCGUCUUCACCAGCCUGCCAAGAAAUGAAUCACAAACUCAACAAGACCAUUUAUGGUUCUGGUGCCUCAUCGCCAGAAUUGUACGACUCGUUUGAGUUCGAGUUCAAACCGACUACCAUACAACCCAACAAGGCCUUUGAGAACUCAAGUGCAUCUUCACCAGCUUGCCAAGAAAUGAAGCACAAACUCAACAAGACCAUUCAUGGCUCGGGUACCUCAUCGCCAGCUUAUGCCUUCCACCUAAAUUCCCCCUUUUAUCGGCAUCACCUGAACCGUAUCUAUAAAGAAAGUAAUAAGACACCAAGAAUGAUUUCAUGUCCACGAGUAGAAGACAAACAAGCAAGUGGAAGAGGAAUAAGAGAAAAGGGUUUCGUCACUCGUCUAUGGUUGAAGGUUAAAAAAGGUUUGCUAUGGAAAAAACAUGAAAGUGAAGUGAGAAAUCGACCCUCAAAAGCAUAUUGA